GAGAAAGCUCUCCUGCAACAGUGCUACACAAGCAAGCCCUAUAAUACGCAGCACAGUAUAAGGAAAUCAGAAGCUGAGGAUGUUGCUGCAGAGAGGAGAAAACAGGCUGUAGUAGAACAAGUGAUGGUGGAUCAGUUAUCUAGAGCUGUUAUAAGUGAUCCAGAGCAAUCCAUGCGUGCAGAUGCUUACAAAGAAGCUCCUGGAUUUCCAGGACUUGGGACAGCACCAAUGUGUUUUAGGAAAAGAACACUGCAUGAAACAAAAAUAAGGACCAAAUCAGGAUUAACUGAAAACAUGCUCUCUAACAAGCUACGCUUUGACAGUAGGAUUAUAUCAAGAAAUGGCCGUGAUGCUUGCAGAGAGUUGAUUGGAUUUUUCUUUGCAUGUGACAGAUCCCUUACUGUAUAUGAAUUUCGACAGUUUGGAAAAAAUAGAACAAAUGCAUUGCCUUUCAUUCAGAAGGGAGUUUAUCAACAUCAACGUGGACAAAAGAAGGGAAAAUCUUACGAUCUCAGUGACUUCUAUAUUGGAGCUAACCUAACUUUCCGGAGCGUUGAUCAUAACCUUCCAGAAAGCGUUAAGCAGAAACCAGUUCUCACCCUUCGUGUGAUAAGUAUUGAUGAAGCGGCUAUGGAUUUUCUAAAAAUGACUUCUAUGGAAUUUAAGGAAGAGAUUUCCAAGCAAGUGGCUGAUGACAGCAAAGUUUUCAAGAAGAUUCAAGGUGUACUCAGAGACACGCUAAGUAAAAGAGGAGUUCGGGUUAUAACAGGCUUAGGAAAGUAUUUCCGACACACAGACAAGAACAGGAAUGGUUUUCUCUCUCAAGCAGACUUUAAAGAAGCUCUGAAAGUAUUCCAUUUGGAAAUACCUGAAGAGGACUUUGAAUCCUUAUGGCUUAUUCUUGAUGAUAACAAGAGUGACAAGGUUGACUAUGGAGAAUUUAGUCGUGCCGUAUUUGGAGAAAUGAAUGAAUAUCGGAAAGCAUUUGUAAGAAAAGCUUAUAUGAAACUAGAUUUCAACAAAACUGGGAGUGUGCCUAUGGUAGAUAUCACAAAAUGUUACUGUGCAAAGAAACAUCCUCUAGUAUUGGCAGGCAAAGCUACAGAAGAAGAAAUUAAAUCGUCAUUUCUAGAGACAUUAGGAGAGUCCUGCAGCAACCCCAACGAAGUGUCCUACUCUGAGUUUGAAGAUUACUAUGAAGGAUUAAGUAUUGGGAUAAUGGAUGAUGAUGAUUUUGUUAAUAUCUUAAGGAACCCUUGGGGAAUUUAG